UACGGAAGUCCGCAACAUUUGGUGGCUAAUGAGGAGAACGUCGCGUGCUUUCAUGUUUCAUUGCGAAAGUAACUUUCCUUUCACCACCGUUCAAAGGGAAUAGUGACGGAAAUGACGGACAGAAAUUAAUGCUUUUUCAUAAGCCCUAGACAACUUUCUCCCUAAAGUGUCUGUGAAUAACAAGGUCACGAGGAGCGAUCACGUGACAACUUGGCAAGUGUAUUAUGUUUUGUGACUUGACACAUUUGUCACUUCUAAAAAUAGACCCUUUUUAAAUAAUAAAAAAUAAAGACGUCAAAAGUUAUAUCAAAGUGCGAAUUUCACUAGUUUUCUACGCUGCGCAUUUCACUGCAUCAGGUGAGAGUUCGUCGUCAGUGUUUUAGGUUGCCCCUCGGGGCUAAAAGCGUGCUGAAGUCGCAAAAUGUCGGUCAGGGCAUUCAGCACCCAGCUAUUCAAACAUGGUAAAGCCUUGGUGCGACAGAUAUGUAAGAAGGAAUCCAUCGCGUCUAGAAAUAUCGCCCUCAAGAUUAAUGCUGCACAACAAACCACUCCGAAGCCCGCAAAGGUCUUCGACAAUCGCAUUGUCCCCAGGAUAUCUGGUUUGAGGAAUGUUGGGGUACAAAUUGGUCUCCAGGCAAGGAGGAUCCUCAUUGAUAAUGUCCUUAACAGGGUUACAAACAGCCUUGCUGCAGAUCUAAGGAAAAGGGCGGCCAGAAGAAUUUUAUAUGGAGAUUCUGGCCCAUUUUUUGCUUUGGUUGGUGUUAGUUUGGCAUCUGGGACAGGAAUUCUUACUAAGGAAGAAGAACUAGAGGGUGUGUGCUGGGAAAUUAGAGAAGCAAUCUCAAAGUUGAAAUGGAACCAUGCAGAUGCUGAAAUAGAUGAGACACAAUUCGAAAAUGUUCCUGUCUCAUUGGCUGACCUUUCGUUUGGCAAACCAAUUGCAAAAGGUGCAAAUGCUGUGGUAUAUGCAGCUAAAUUCAAGGAAAAGCUAGAUGAUUCAGAAAUUUCAGUUAUUGAGGCAGAAGAGCCAGAGGUACCUGUUGUACAAAAAGUAGUAACUGCAGAUACUGAUGACAUCAAUGAAUUCCCUCUAGCAUUGAAAAUGAUGUUCAACUAUGAUAUCCAGUCUAAUGCUAUGGCCAUUUUGAAUGCUAUGUACAGAGAAACAGUUCCUGCAAGAGUGUAUUACAGUAACAUUGGUGUUACUGAUUGGGAAAUAGAGUUAUCUAGAAGACAUAGACAUCUUCCUCAACAUCCAAACAUUGUUGCUAUAUUUUCAGUGUUUACUGAUUAUAUUCCUGAAUUAGAAGAUUGUAGAUGCCUGUACCCUGCAGCAUUGCCAAAAAGACUCCAUCCAGAAGGAGAGGGAAGGAAUAUGUCUCUAUUCCUUCUUAUGAAAAGAUAUGACACUAGUCUCCAGGAUUUUCUGUCAUCUGUCCACCCAUCAACUCGCACUUCAAUUCUGCUGUUCACUCAGCUGCUUGAAGGCAUAGCCCACCUAACUUCUCACGGCAUAGCCCAUCGCGAUCUCAAAUCUGAUAAUCUGUUGCUUGAUAUGGCAGAGUCAGAGGCGCCUGUCCUCGUCAUCAGUGAUUUUGGUUGCUGUCUGUCUGAUAAGAACAACGGGCUUAUGCUGCCUUACACCAGCUACGAGAUCGAUAAAGGAGGAAACGCAGCACUGAUGGCGCCCGAGAUAGUCAAUCAACAACCAGGCACUUUCAGUGUUCUGAAUUACUCGAAAUCCGACUUGUGGGCUGCGGGCGCGAUCGCAUACGAGAUAUUCGGCUCUCCGAAUCCAUUCUAUGCUAAAGAAGGUCGACAGAUGCUGAAAAACACCGACUACAAAGAGAGCGAUUUGCCGGAACUUCCAGAAGAUGUACCAUUUGUCAUUAGGAAACUGGUGGAGGCAUGUCUGAGGCGCAGACCAAAUAAGCGCAUUGACCCUGAGAUAGCUGCCAAUGUAUGCCAGUUGUUUUUAUGGGCUCCAAGUUCAUGGUUAAAACCUGGGUUGGUUAAGUUGCCUUCAAGCACAGAAAUACUCCAGUGGCUGUUGAGCUUAACCACCAAAGUGUUGUGUCAAGGUAAAUUGACCCGGUCUUCAGGAGGCGCUUUCAAAUCAGAAAGAGAUAGUUUUAAAUACGGCAGAAGGACCUAUCCUGAGUACUUACUCAUAUCUUGCUUCCUCUACAGAGCAAAAUUGGCCAAUGUCAGGGCUGCUUUAUCUUGGAUCCAUGCUGUUAAUCUAGAUUUAGAAGCUGAUUAAUAGCUUGUAAAUAUAUUUGUGUUUUUUUUUCGUUCGAGUAUUUUUCUGCCAUACAAUCAGGUUAUUUAAGUAAUGAGCGCAUUAAGUUUCGAGGAUGCAGUUUAUUUGGAAUUUUCUGUUUUGUCCAAUUUCAGCAUAAGAUAUUUUUGUUGUCAAUAUUGAUUUCACCUGAAUAAGUUAUAUCUAAAAUCAGGCUGUAUAUUUUCACUUACCCUUGUUUUUGAAUUUCAAGUAUUUUUUUAUCGAAUUUAAUUUCUCAUAUUAAAAUUCAUCCACAAUGAAAUAUAAUAUUUAUUUUCACAUAUUUAUUGGUUAUUAUUAAGAAAUACGAUUUUAUCUGUAACAAAAAAGACUGGUCCAGUGAUGUGAUAAUGUGAAACCAAAUUUUGCAUUAGAUUGAACCCCCUUUUGUGGCAGAUAAACUAUUAUUGUAAAGGAAUAUGUUAAGAAUGAAAGUUUUAAUAAAGUUAUUCAUUGCUAAGUCGUACACA